CGCUUUCAAGAGAAAGUUUGAUAAACUGAGAGAUCACCAUUACCAGGACUGACGCAGGCCACAUAGGCCCCUAUUCUUUCCGAACUGAAACUGAUUACGUUUAAGGCUUGGCGCUCUUUCAAAUGACAGUACAAUAUAACCAACUUGUUCUCACUGGGGGUCCAGGUGUAUUUUUCAAAUUGCUAUUGAAAUGGAGAGGAUGUAUUUUCAAACUGAUCUACAUCGAUGUUAUUGUUUUCAUGACUUUAUACGCAUUAAUCACUUGUGUAUACCGUUUCGCUCUGUCGGUUGAGUGGCAAAGAACCUUUGAAGAUAUUAUAAUAUUCACCAGGAGCUUUCAAGGUUUAAUCCCAGUUUCUUUCAUCCUUGGUUUCUAUAUCGAUAACGUCUUUACAAGGUUUUGGAGACUAUUCAUGACCAUCCCAUGGGUGCUUAAGUUCGCCAUUUCAAUUUCUGGUCAUCUUUCUGGAAACUCUGAGCGUGCUCGUUUAAUGCGACGAACGUGCUUUCGGUAUAUGAUGUCAAGCCUAAUAAUGACCUCUACACGUCUCAACUUAAUUGCCAAGAAGCGUUUCCCUACACCAGAAUUCUUCGUCGCAGCAGGAAUACUUACAGAAGAAGAGUUGGACAUAAUUAUGAGUGUUAGUCCCAUUCAUGUCCAACCGUUUGUUCCAAUAGUAUGGACUACUUCCCUCGUCACUCUCGCCGGAAAAGAAGGCUUUAUUACUAAUCAUCAUGCCUUGGUGUCCAUCAUUGAUGAAAUAAAUAACUUUCGUCAGGGUCUGUUGGAUAUGUUUAUGAUCGAUUUUGUUUGCAUCCCAUUGGUUUACACACAGGUUGUCACAUUGGCAGUAUAUAUUUAUUUCAUAGCCUCACUUGUUGGUCGUCAAUUUAUAAUCGAUAGUUCGCGAACAAAUUCACAAGAUCUCUAUUUUCCUUUCUUCAUGUUCCUAGAGUUCAUAGUGUAUAUGGGAUUGUUAAAGGUUGCCGAAACACUGGUUAAUCCUAUGGGGGAAAAUGACGAAGAUAUUGAUAUUAAUGAGGUGAUAGACUUUAAUUGGAAAACUGGAUGGUGUAUUGUUGAUGGAAUGAAAACAAGCGCUCCAGCUAUUGUACGAGAUUCCCACUGGCAACAAUCCGUCAUCGAAUUACCCCACACACAGGAAUCCAAACGACUAGCUUCUCGCCCAUUUAGAGGAUCGACAUAUAAUAUAAACUUUCCUUUCACUUCUGAUAUGAUCGGAUCUGCGUUAUCUUUAUCACUAAUUGGUCAUUCACAAGAUUUAACGACUGCCCGUCAUUUAACUCGAAAUAGUACCAUAAAUAUUCCUACUAGGUUGAUUCCAUCUGAGAGCGUUGCUCCCAGCGAAACUGAUAAUACGUCGAGAUUGAAUGUUUUGGAUGAUCAUACGGCUAUGGAUGCUGGGUUUUUAAGUGUUACUCCUAAUACUCCCGCAGUAAACCGUCUUCUUCAUGAACCAAUAGAGGAGGAAGAUGAAGAACGUGAAGAUGACGAUCAGUCUUAUAGCAGGUCAAAAACAACGAUGAUAAUAUAAAUCUUUCCUCUCAAAAAAGAUAUUUUGCAUGUUUAGGAAAUUGUACACUUUGUCUACGAGAGGGGGGAUAUGAUAUUUAUUGUAUUCAGGUUUUCUUCAUAUUUAUGGCAAGUUGAUUAUUAAUCAGGAUGCUGACCAACUGCGCAUUCAUGUAGUCCAUGUUUUAUAUCAAUUGCAAUUCUGACAUUUGUUCAUAAAGUUGAAUUUUCUGCAACAUACUCAAUGUUCUCAGCUAAGAUAUAGAUAUCAGGCUUUAACAGCCUUAAUUCGAAUACGCAGAUACUUAAUUAGAAUGAAUCACCUCUACACAGCUUAUGCACGUGUGUUUCUGAAAGCUUUGCUGAUCACAUCACUAAAUCCACAAAAGAAACAAUCAAAUGACUUGACUAAUUCUCAAAAUGCACGUAACAAUACAUGGAUUACCUUUUUACAACUGAUUUGGACUAGUGAGGUGAAUAUCAAUUACAUGUGCAAACGUGAUAAAUUUCAGAAAGCAUUUGUAUUCAUACCUAAUUAAUUCGAUUCGCAUAAGGUAGAUAAGAUUCAUUCUGUGAUCUAUCUUCUUAAAAUCACAAAAUAACGUUUACUUUUUUCAGGUACGAUUGUAUUUGACAAUAGUACAUGAGUUGUGUCCAAAUGUGACCUCAAAUUUACUACUUACGAAUAGAUUAUAUUUUGUAGUAUAAUAAUGGAAUCCUCUGAGAGUAUUCAGAGCGCAAGGAUGUAUUACCUUAUAAUUUAUGUUCUCGAAGUAUUAUAAGGUUCUCUGAAUGCAAGGUUUAUGCUGUAACUUUCUCGAAGUGAAAAAGACUCGUUCAAAUGAAGAACAUUGUAUAUGCUAAUUAUAUUAGCAUAUAUCUAUCUAUUCAGUAACUCAGAGUACAUAUUUAGGCAGCAGAACAAGUUUAAUUGUGAUACUUUAUCAACCUCAAUAACAAAGAUAACACGAAAUUAUUAUGCAAAUUCAUCAGAGUCAAUUAGUCGUGUUUGCAACGAAAUGGUAAAACAAUAGCAUUAGUUUCUUAUAUGUUUUACUAACCAGAAAAUCAGAUGGAAUGCUGAGAACUGACCUACUUAGGCUAAUAUACUUAUUUUUAGAGUCUUUUCCCAUUGCAAUCAAAAGGAAAUUAAGUGCUUACUUAAUUGUUUUAAAGAUGUCAUUGAGAUAGAAGUUAAGACUAUAUAUUUCAAAACAAUACAUACCUGAAGGAAAAACUAGUAUGUGUUGGCAGCGACAAGAAGCCUUUUUUUUAAACGCACAGUGAAAUCGCGAGGUCCAAGAUACGCGUUGAGAAAAGCAUUCAAUUCUGUAAGGCGGCUCCCUCGUUGUUUAGUUAUUCAAUUUGAAUUUAGUAAAAUGUAGAUAUGGAUAAUAUAUAUUUUACUUAUAUUUCAAAAAGCAGAAAAGCUGUAUCGCUACUCAGUGGAAUAUAACAAAAAUUUAUUUAUUAUUAACUCUUUACCCUAUGCUCAAUUCAUUUGAAACUAUCAAGCCCAACCUUGGUAAGGAUACCUAUUAGAUAGGGAUGUUUUGUCAUCUCGAUAUGCAUAUAUCAGUCCAACUGUCCUUCUGGAUAUCUAGUGAGAGCAAUCCAUCACCCCUCACAGUUGUGUGCAUGACAAAGCACAGUAAGGUGCACUACAAUGCACUCUUAGUUAAUACUGUACAUCACAUUCCGUGUAAUAUUCGGAGUUUGAUGUCAAAUCCUAAUUAGCUUUCCCUAUCUCCAGAUGUUGGCUCCUGUACAACGAAUGUCAUAGGAAUGUUUGGAUAACGUUUGCACGAUUUUUCAUCUUUCUUGCUAUGUAACGAUAACAGAUUGUUAAUCCAAAGUUAGACCCACAUUUACUGACUUUCGUCUUGAUUAUUACUACAUGAUUUUGAGUAGCUACACUGUUCCUCCAUCUUUAUUCAAGCGUAAUCAUUACCGACUACUAAGUGGUCUCUAAGUACGAACUCCCACCCACUUGCUUUGCACCUUCAUUUUCAUUGUGUCAGUUCCUUCCUAGUUAUUAUGUUCAUCUUUUGAUAUUGAUUUUAUAGUCAAAAGUAAAUGUGUAUUGGUGUCGGAUCAUGAUGAAGAGCUAAGUAAAAAAACUCCGAAAUCGUAAUUUCUAUUUCCAAGAUUUAAAGAAAAAUAACCUACAAUCCCGUAGUAUUUAGUUAUAGCAUCAAAAGUGUAGCCCAUGCUAAAUAGGAUCAGUACUCAAUUCGCCUGACAAUGAUUGCCCAAUUUUUUCCGAAUAAAAACUUCAAUUACUACAAGGCCAUAUUGCCACCAAAACCAGAAAAUGACGGUCAUGUUGAUCGGAAAACUUGACAAAACCUAAAUGAGACAUCACAAAUAAAAGAGUGAGCGUAUUUCUCGAAUUCUGAAACGAGCGGUAUUUUUUGGCAAGUAUCCACUUCCCGAAACAUCUUAACCCCUGAGUAUCAGACACUUGCCGGUUCAUAACCAUUAGCACGGUAAGAUUAUACAACUUUUCGAAAAGCAUCGUGAUACAUUCUUCCCACGCUAAACAGGGAUGCGAAAUAUCUACACGUGUAUUUACAUUACAGGAGGCGACAAUACUAGUUAUUUUAUAUGGACGCGGCCAAAUAUCUGGUACACUGAACAUCUCUUUCGUUGAGUAUUUUUUAGGAUAGCUUCAAAGUCUAGUCGGUAAGCUUACAACGGUUUGAAUGAGACAUUAUUCACAUGCGAUAGGGGAAUACUUGUUAUUCAUCUAAUAAUAGCCUAUAAUUAAAUAUGAUUGACCGUAGGUAGGAUUAUGCUUCAACAUAACUGUCUUUGGAAGCAACUAUUAGGAGAAUUUAAACAGCUUUUAGACUUAUUAAGGUUUCUCUUAUUUUUAAAGGCCAAUCAGGUCUCUAAGUAUCGGUUAGUUUAGGCAGUUUCUUACAUUUACUGCCUUUUUAGAUUGUCAGGUACCACCAGUCCGUAAUCCCAGGGUGAAAAGAUAAGAAAUUGUUACAAUGUUUUAUUUAAAAUCACUAGGACAUCUGUAAGCAAAAUAUAACUAAAAUGAUAUUUCAUUUAGCUUGCGAUGUAUACUGUCUAGGUCUUUAAAAUAACGAACAGUUUUUGUGCGGAGUUCCAUUGUCGCAUCUUCAUCAACAACAAAUAUAGCUUUCUUAUGAUGCUUAAGAAGUGAUUAGUCCAUUUAAAUAGAAAUAGCUUACCUGGAAAGCAGAUACUGUCCACAUAUGAUUUACUCCCUCUUCGAUUGCUUUCUGCAAUGCUAAUGCUUUAGAAGUCCCAGUGACUAGAAUCAUAACCUCAUUAGCAUCCAUUACCGUUCCAACUCCCACUGUCAAGCAACGCUCAGGAACCUGAUAUUGUAAAUAAGAAUAUCAGCCAGCUUCAAUUAAUGGAAAAUUUAGCUUACAGCUUAAAUACCGGCUUGUGACAGUCAGUUAUCUACUAUGCAUGUGAAUGUACUUUAUUGCAUUUACAUUUUAUUUUGCAUUAAUUUGGAUAAUUACUAUCCUAAUACACAUUACUGUUAUACGAGAUAACUCACUGUAAAUAAAUACGCAACCACAAACUGGUGUUGUCUGACGUCCUCUACGGAUUUAAGGAAUCAUAAAAAGCCACUAACAUUUAUGUGUACAGAUACUUCAGCGACCAAGGUAAUGAAGUAGUAUAUCUGAAGUUCAAUGUUAGCUGAUGUUUACUGUAGGCAAUUAUGUGAGACUUGUGGCAGGUUCUUUGUAAAGUAACUUUUCGUCUUGUACUUUAUUGUCCUGUGCUGUGGAUCGUUUCACUUUUUCGGUCCGUAAAAUGGAAUAAAAGACUUAAGUCGGCGAGUGCAGUCGUCAGUAACUGUUGACUACUCCGCAGGCAUCUUGAUUAGUUUUUAAUUCAUACGGUUAUAAGUAAUCGUUGGCUGAAUUACAGAAUUUCUAUGAUACCAACAUAUGUAUGAGUGGGAAUUGUAACUUGUACGGCGAUGUUUCUUUUUAGACCUGCUUCGAGAAGCCUAUCGCAGAAGUUGACUUAAGAGGAAACCGAUUUGGAAAACAGAAAUAAAGGUGUCUUGUGACAUGGUAAGGAUAAUAAAUAUAGUGUUGAUGAUACUCGGAAUCUGAUAGGAAUAUACGAAACUGACGGAAGACAAAAAAUGGAUACAUCUGCACCAUUGAAAACAAUUUUCAGCCAUGUUAUCCAAAGUCUGUUACCAUCGGUUACGAUAAUCACGCGGACCUCCAACAGGUGGUCUACAACCAUUAAAAUGGCUAAAUCCAAUUGUUUGUGACUUCAUAGACUGAUGGCAUACUUUAGUUUGGCCACCACUAGCUUGCUUUCAGCCUACUCUUACACCAGAAGACCACCUAUCGAGGUAGACAGAGGUCAAGCAUACAUAACACCUGUCUCAACCACCUCAGUUAGUGAAGAUUUACUACCUUACCAAUCGAUUUCCCAUUUCUACCUAGUACUCUACUCCUAACCCAGGUAUUGCUUACUCCGUGGUCACAAAAUACACCAGAAGUACUUUGUAAACACCUAUGAUCGAAUAUAAGUAACCUACGAAUAUCCCCAACACUUAAUAGCCAUGUUUCACAUCCAUUAAGCAGAAUGAAGCGAAUUGCUGCGUAGCAAACGGACGAACAUCUCGCCUACAUAACAGGUUGGUAAAAGUCAAUCGAGCCCUCUGAAUGCUUGCUGAGAUUUCGUCAGACAUCGGCAUUGAUGAGAUUCCCAAGAUAAUUGAAGUGGUCGAUAUGCCCAACUACUUUAUUCCCUAUCACUAAUUCAGGGGGCGACAUAAGCCAAUCCUGAAGUAACAUUUUACAUCUGGAGGGAGAGAACCGCACCCCAAAAAUGCUUGCAUUGUCGCUCAAGGUGGUCACAAGACUGCAUUUUGUCAACGUGUUCACAAAACAGAACUAUAUCAUCAGAAUAUUCCAAGUCAACAAGACAAUCUCAUUGUACAAGAUCAAUCCCUGAAAAGUUAGAUGAUGAAAGUGUUAUAUCAAGAAGCAUGCUUAUGACAAAGUUGAAUGAUGUUCAUGAGAAAAUGAGAAAUCAGUGGGUGGUGAAAUUUGUGGAUCAUUUGACAGUUAGCAUGCAUUAUUUUGCUGAGGGUUGAGUGGAAAACCUUUAUCCUCAUGAUAAAUACAUUAUUAAUGAAUAAAAUCAAAGUGAUUGUUAGAUAUAUUUUGUUGGUGAUUUAUGAAUUUAUAACAUUAAGGCCUUAUUAUCAGACUUAUAACUUAUUAUCUAUUAUAUCGGUCCCUGAAACAGGUAUUAGGCACUUUUAUAUUUCAUUUUAACCUAGUUCAAUAGAACCUGGUAAAGCUACAGUUACAAAAUAUUCCCGAAGCAACCUCAAAAAGACCAGUGGAAAGUAAAAGUUUUGUACAACUUUCCGUAGCUUAUACUCGGAUGUCAAAAAACAUUUAGGUGUUUAACUAGGCGAUUCAACAAUCUGACAGUGUCUUGGAAACAAACAAGAUAUCUUUCCACUUUAAAAGCCGUAACAUCACCGUUUGUCCGUGUGUUUUAAAUAGGAGAGAGACUAACGUGGAAAUCUCGUCACUCUUACCAUUUCCUUUUUGAUUCCCAUUUACCUUUUCUCAUUUCAAAUGUUUUUAUUCCUGUGACAACAGACCGCAACGAGGGACAUGAGAGAACCCAGGGUGCAGUGUGUAUGCAAGAACUAACAAUCAUUCAUGAUCUAAAAUAAUAGUCAAAUAAGGUAAGGAAAUUUCACUGUCACUGAAGUUACCUCGGCCUUAACUACGCAGUCUAUAGCUUAUAAAAUUCAUCUCUGAGAUCUGGAAAUUUGGCACACCGGCCAUGUUGGCGCAAAACAAUGAAGAUAAAAUCCAAUGGAAAUGAAGAAGGGGCGCUUCUUCACUGAAUCCACAGAAGAAAUCACCUUGACGCAACUAAAUUUUCAGGGGUCAGAAAGUACCUUCGUUGUUCCUUUACGUACGUCAACUACGGCUCUAAUGGUACAUACAGUUCUGCUUUGGAUUCCAUAUUCAGGAAAGCAGAUUACUGAUUAUUUGCCACAGCUGUUUACUGAAAAGUUAUAUUUUGGUCAAGACAAAUUUAAUUCGUGAUCUGCUCCGUUUACUUAUUUAUUUAUUUGAACAUAUAAAUAUUGGUACAAAUCGGCACCGAAUACAUAUGAGCCACGCAAAUCACUUGAUUUGUGUGUGGACUGUGAUACUGACUGGGUGCUCAGAUCGAAGAAGGUGGUUUUUUAAGGGGUGGGCACACCUGGAGCCUUAGACCCAAUGGUCUGAUCCAUAAGACAGUGGAGCAACAUCAGGAAACGCAGUCCCAUGGUAGCCGGUAACCAAUAAUUGGUUCAUACGCCAUUUGUUCCCUCAAGAUCCUGGAGUUCAUGUGCACCAUUGGUUUGGAAUCAGGGGUUUCCAAGUCCCCAGGUGGAACCUCCAUCUCCACCAACCCGGUUAAAGCGCCGGGCAUCUGCUUUUCGUCCUCUUAACUUCGUAAAGAACAUCCCCGCUGUGAGAAGGCAAUGAGUGGGACUUCCCUAGCAGUGGUUUUAUACGCACGGCCAUGUGCGAGCAUUUCGAGAGGGAGAGCUGACUCUCCCCGCCCUCGACCGUACCAGGGCAGUCAGGGCCAUGUAAUGUGAUGGAAACUUUGUUCGGUUAUAUAGAAUAGAAUCCAAACCAUUACAAAUUAUUUUUCGGUUAGAAUUGUCAAGCCACUAACUGUUUUGGUUUAACAAAAUAUUUAUAAGAACUAAUUUCAUAGAGUGAUAAAGAUCACUUAAAGAUAAACUGAUAGUAACUCACGCCAUUCAAGUGACUCCUACUUGAUAACACAACCCAAAAUGAAGUGAAGGGACGUCAUAAAUUUUUUUUAAACCGGUAGUUCGAACAGACCUAUUUACUUAUAUAGAGACAGUGACUUACCGACAGUUUUUUUAUCGGGGGGUACAAGUGACUGGUAAUAACUGCUGUCUUCCUUAUCACUAUAUAUACUUAAAGUUAUCGGUAAUCAACACGGCUAUAAUUGAAAUGAACAGUAUAGAUAUGUACAACAGGCGAGAAGACCAUUUAUUACAUGCAAAAUAAGUGCUGGAUGGCAAAAUCAGAAUGAGUCAUGUUAAUGGAAUUACGAUCACUAAUUACACUUCAUUUUAGUUUCCGUUUGUUCGACACUUAAUAUCGGUCAGAAACAGAGGUCAGCCUAUAAGCGAUCCAAGCAAAAGCAUGUGAUAACUAAAUUUAAGGGCUAUUGAAUGUUUCACUGAAUAACAAUGUAUCUCCAAGGGAUAGUAGAAUUGUGCCAAGGAGAGCCUUUACAACUAUACUUGGAAAAAUCAUACUGAAAUAAGUCCUUAGUUCUCGGAAGUAAAAUUGUGACCAAGGAACACAUGACGUCGAGAAUCGGAAUCAAACAUCAAAAAAUGAUUAGCAACUGGAAGAGAUUGCCCAGGACGGAGAAUGCUGGUGGGCUGCCUAUACUUCACAAGAGGUAUCAAGAGCAAGUAAAAUGACCUAUGAGGAACUUAAGUGAAAAUAUUGUUGUUUGGUAUAAUUCUAUAUAUUACUAAUACGAUCGUGCGUUUUCUGUACUGUUUUUUGGUCAGAUGUAUAGUUUAUUUUUGGUAGCUGUUUUUGUUUACUACUCUCAAAUUUUAACAUGAAAUAAAAAGAUGUUCAUAGAGUUUUUGAAUUUUACUACCUGAGACAUGUUAUCUCCAAAAAAUCUAGCAUUAGCUACAAUAGUCUCCUUUGCCAGUGUUUUGACACGUGUGCGAGAUACUAAGCUAGAACCUGGCUCGUUAAAGGCGAUAUGACCAUCCGGGCCUAUUCCACCAACAAACAAGUGAAUACCUCCAGCUUUCUUUAUCUCCAUUUCAAACAUUUCGCAUUCGGCCUCUGGAUCAUUAGUUGUUCCAUUGAGUAUAUGCACAUUUUUCGGAUCUAUAUCUAUAUGCUGAUAAAAUUUAAACAUAGUUACUGAUAAUUAUUGAAAAAAGCCACAUAUACAUAUUUAGAAAAGUGUAUAAGCCACAAAAGUGAGGCACCGAAAGAAAUGACCGGUGGAGCAAUAUUUAUACUAAACAUAUUUCUCUGAUAAGAUGAAGGUAAAUUAAACGCUAUUGGGUGAAAAAUUCUAUUCGUUGAAACUUUUUUAGCCUGUUCUAUUUUACAGCAAAUUUGAAAUUAUUGCUUGAAACAUUAAAUUGGUUACACUGAACAGAUCAAUGCACUUAAUACGCUAUAAAACCACAGACCAUUUUGAAACUUCUGAUUAAUCAGUAGGAUAACUUGGACAUUGUCUGAAAAUAAAAGAUUGGAUUAUGGGAUCUCCGAAGUCUAGACGAACUUUAAAGCUGCAUAAGAGUAGUAACAAUUCAACUCGAGCAUUUUAUUAGAAAGGGGUUUUGAGAGGAUUGUAGUAAUUUAAUAGUUAAAUUCAUGAGUCAAUUAAAGCUAGACCACCAAAGAAAACCUGGAAGCGAGACCGAAGGUCUCGGGUUCGAAUCCCGCGAGCGGGAUCGUGGAUGAGUCGUUGGUUAGUCCUCGUGUUCUUCCUCUCUUGAAAUUUGUCCAAUUAUUCAUUCCUUGUGAAGACGCUUGUUGCGACCCAGAACCUGCUGAUACGUUGGGUUUAGUGAUUUUUUAUCCUUUCGCAGUUGUUCUUCGUAGUAGUUUGUUCUUAUUUGAGUAGAUCUUGUAAGAAUUAAAACCUUUAUUGAGAGUUGUCUUGAAAUCGUUGAGUCUUUCAGCAUGUCGAAGGAAGGCUGUAUUGAGCCUUUGUAAUGUAAUUUUUCGCAGCUGUCCAGUGUUUCUUUAGCUUCAGUACCAUCUUGGCAAUCACCUGGUGAUGACCCUAAGCCAUGUCAACUCCUCUUCUGGUUCUCGCGACUCCCGUUGACCUAUUGAAUUUUCUACUGACGCAAAUAUGAUUGAUCUGAUUCUCUGUAGUGUGAUCCGGUGAUACCCACGUAGUUCUAUGUAUGCGUUUGUGUGGAAAUGUUGUGCCGCCUAUAACCAUUUUGUUGAAUGCACAUAAAUUUGUAGAUCUCUCGCUAUUCUCGUUCCUUUCUCACAGUCAGCCCGUAUCGUUGCUAUUUGUACCUUUCAUGUCUGCUUUCUAUACCCGACGCGAUGUGUUUCUUGGUAUUUCUCUUUUCCAUUUCCCUUCAGGAAGCUAGCGGUGGCUUCGUGUCGCAGUUUGGUGAUGUCCGUAACGUGUGUCCUAUCCACUUCCAGUGUCUUUUCCUAGUAUCUUCUUCAACUGAAAGCUGGAUUGUUCUAUCCUCCAGUAGACUGUUGCUGAUGGUAUCCUGUCAACGGACAUUGCGAAUCUUGCGUAGAUAACUGUUUUAUAUAUAUCUAUAUGUUUUUUAAAUGAUAGUUGUAGUCGCAAAUCUUUCGCCAUUCUCGUUCCUUUCUCCCAGUCAGCCCGUAUCGUCCCAUGAUAUAUUAAUACCCGGUGUUGUCCAUUACGACCCUGGUGUUUAUGUCUAUCAUCAGUAUGAUCAGCUUCUUUCCUGAUUGUUUCGCUAUGAUCGAUUGUAGACUGUCGUAAAACUGAUGUUUGUCAUCGUCAUUGCUGUUAUUGGUGGAUGCAUAACAUUGGGUAACACUCACUGUGAUCCCUUACUUCUUUGUUUAGAAGGUUGUUUUGAUGAUUCUGGGUUCAUGAGAUUCCCAUCCUAUAAGUAUCUUCAUUUGGACAGUAUCAGAGCAACUCCCUGAGUGUGUGGGGCAUUUCUGUCCUCGUGUCCCAAAUACAGCAGCAUCUUAACCGAAUCUAAUCUUAUCUGUCCAGCUUCGGUCCAAUGGUUUUCACUGAUUCUGAGAACUGCCAAGUUGUAUCUCCUCAUUUUCACAGCUAUUAGAUUGGUCCUCCCGUUCUCUCACAUUGUCCGGACAUUCCAUGUACCCACACUAGUUGUUGCUCUGGUUGUCUGAAGGGAGAUCGACCUCAUGACUUCAGGAGAAUCUCGGUUUUCACUAUGAGGCGUCAUAAUUCUUCCGAAUGAACAUCCUUCAACUCGAAGAACCGAGUUUAAACGGCUUAAAUUGUAUAUUCUGGUUAGCGAGUUUUAGUAAGGUUGUUUUCUACAGGAUGGGGUUGCUGACAUCAUGCCCUAACCUCCUCGUUUACCCCGGCUUGGGACAGGCAGUAAGCUUAGACGCGCUAUAUAUAUAUAACCUCAUUGUCAGGUACACCUGCAUUUUAAAGAUAUAUUCCGGGUGCCUAAUUGUGUACAACAAUGUGAGUAGUAUUUAUAUCAUUCAUGGGUUUUUCUUCAUAUCUCUUGUCUUCAGUAUAUAUGUGAAAUAUGUCAGAGAAACAUCUCAAGUUAACUAUAGUUUUUGUCGCCGUAUUGGUGCCGAUUCCUCGGUGUUCCAUCCAGUUUAGACCAGCAAUCAGCAUGUGAUUUGUGUUUCUACAGCCGACAGAAAAGACUUACUUAUCCUCCGUACAUACACUGUGGAAUCCGGUUAGAAUAGAAAAGAAAAGAAAUUACCUUUACAAGUGGAGUAGAACCGCAACUGUGCUUUUGUUAGUUGUGUCGACACGUUAUCGCUUUUAAUUAGCCAUUAGAAGUUCAUGUGACUUUCCUAUUAAUGACACCAAUUUAUUCAUUAUAAAAAUUUGGGCUUGUAUAUACAACUGUAUUGAUCUUUGAAACUCUUGGUUGGCAUUUUGUCCCAGCGUCAGUCCGUAAAUCGGAAAUUAGUGCUAUCAGCUUUUUUGCAAAAUAUUAUCUAGUUGUUCACACUUUGCACAAUAGAAUAUCAAUGUUUCACAUUUUCUUGGAAUGAUCGUUGGUAAAAAGAGUAUAUAACGUGUUAAUACCUUUUCUACGUUUGAGCAUGUGUUUUUCGAUUUUUAUGUACGUUGUACAUAGGCUAAAUAGUUAUUAUGCGUCUACUGAUUCUUGAAGAUCCUGAAGAAGUUGCAGUAUGGGCUGCUAAAUACGUAAUGAAAAAGAUAACUGACUUCAGGCCAUCUGAAUCGAGAUACUUUGUUCUUGGUCUUCCAACCGGUUCAACUCCUUUGGUUUUCGGUAUGUGAAAACCUUCAAUAUGGACGAGUAUUUGGGAUUGUCUCACGAUCAUCCACAAUCUUACCAUUACUACAUGUAUCAUAAUUUUUUCAAACAUAUAGAUAUAGAUCCGAAAAAUGUGCAUAUACUCAAUGGAACAACUAAUGAUCCAGAGGCCGAAUGCGAAAUGUUUGAAAUGGAGAUAAAGAAAGCUGGAGGUAUUCACUUGUUUGUUGGUGGAAUAGGCCCGGAUGGUCAUAUCGCCUUUAACGAGCCAGGUUCUAGCUUAGUAUCUCGCACACGUGUCAAAACACUGGCAAAGGAGACUAUUGUAGCUAAUGCUAGAUUUU